AUGUUGUUUCUAAAUUUUUUACUCUAUGCUGGUUUGGCGAGUUCGAUGUUCACGUAUUUCAAUAUAUAUUUUUCAUUCCAUUAUGUCUUUAAUACCAUUGUACCAACACCAACAAUUCCUAGUAUGGAACUGCUGCCUCCAGAACCGACUGGAGUAGCAAACCCCAAUGACUAUUCAGACGUAUCUAUACCUGAAGAUUCUGACAGUUCAGACAAAUAUUCUCCAAUUGAUUUAUUUAAACCAAUUGCAAUUGACGACCCUCCAUCUAUAUUUCCGCGAUAUCAAAGCGCAUUAGAUUUACCACCUGGUGUUAGCAAUGACGGUCCAUAUGGAACAAAUGAGUUCUAUACUAAUUUAAUAGUUGGAUCUCAAAACCAGCGAGCUUUUGUUCUCCCAUAUGUGGUCUGGAAGCAUAGGUCUGAUGGGUUCGGCCUUGCCGUUAGCCAUACUGUUAAAUAUCCAAAUUUAAUUGGUUAUAGUGGUGCAGGAAGGUUCAGUUCAAUAAACAGUACGACAGCCGUUGCAGAUCUUGUUUUUUCAGCACAUUCCUUUACUGAAAGUAGAUCUCUGUUUGAAGUAAGCGAACUUGGGCCAUCCAGUUGCAGAGUUACAAUUCGAGACAGGGCAACCUCCGACUAUUUGGACAUACCUUUAGUUCAAGGUAUGGGAUUUACUACUGGUAUAUACCAUGGUUCUUUGGUUGCCAAGUUGCAUUCUGAAGUUGGUUUCAAACGGUUAAUUAAGGAAUAUUCGGGUGAUACAGUUAUUGGUACCUCCAAGUACCGCAUUACGUUAAACAACGGUGUUCAAUGGUUAGUUUAUGUUUCAUUCCCUAGAGAAUAUCUUUUCAGAUACUUUGACUUUUGGUUUCACCUUAAAAUUUUUGACGCCAAAACAAUUAUUGCAUCUAGUCCUAUGAGCGGUCUCAUUAUACAGGUCGCCGAAGCGCCUAAAGAUAGGAACAUGGAAAUUUCCUAUGAUCGAUCAGCCGGAAUGUAUGUUACAAAAUUUGAACUCCAAGGUGUUUCUGACAGAACUAGAGCAGAAUAUUCUUUUGAGUACACCACAAUUGGCGAUUCAAAAUCUGGUCUUCCCAUAGUGUUUGCUCUACCUCAUCAUUUGCGUAUGCUAACGCCUGAAAGUUUAGCCGCCACUACCAAUAUCCAGUGCCAGACGAACACUAAAGGGAUUAUGACUGGAUUUCUCACAAAAUCUUUGAAAUUUGUGAAUCACUUAGAAAGUAAAGUUUCCUGGCUGCCAUAUAAUUCUCAAGCUGAUCUAAAAUAUUCUAGCAAACAGCUGAAUCUGCUGUCACGGGUAGCCAAUAAAGAACUCCAAGUAGACGUGCUUUCUUCUAUAACCGGUUUGAACACUUAUUUUGGAGGUAAAAUAAUAGAUAAGUUUGCUUAUAUUCUCUUAACAGUAUCAGAGAUACUCGAUGAUAAAAAUUUGACAUUGAAAGCAUUAGAUUCUAUGAAAUCUGUGUUUGAUGUACUAUUAGCUAACAAGCAAACAUAUCCACUUUUCUACGAUAUUAAAUUUGGGGGUGUCGCGUCAACAGCUGAUCUAGGUUCAUAUCAAUCAUUUAUUGAUUUUGGGAACACAUAUUAUAAUGACCACCACUUUCAUUUUGCAUAUUUGAUCCAUGCCGCAGCGGUUAUUGGCUACGUUGAUGGAAAGCACAAUGGGACGUGGGCACACGAUAAUAAAGAGUGGGUCAAUGCUUUGAUUCGUGAUGUUGCAAAUCCCUCGAAUGAAGACACAUAUUUCCCUGUGUCCCGCAUGUUCGAUUGGUACCAUGGCCAUUCUUGGGCAUCUGGUUUAUAUGAAAAUCCUAGGGGAAGGAAUCAAGAAUCCAGUUCAGAAGAUUUAAAUUUCGCAUACGCAAUGAAAAUGUGGGGCAAGGUUAUCGGCGACACGUCCAUGGAACUCAGAGGUGAUUUAAUGAUCUCCAUCAUGAAAGAAUCAUUUAACAGCUACUAUUUGUAUUCAGAUGACAAUGAAAUCGAGCCCGCGCAACUCGUUAAAAAUAAAGUUUCUGGGAUUUUGUUCGAAGACAUGAUUGACUAUACAACAUAUUUCGGUACGAAUAUAGAAUACAUCCACGGUAUCCAUAUGCUACCUAUUAUUCCUGCAUCUAGCGAAACUAGGGGUCCAAAAUUUGUCGCUGAAGAAUGGAAUCAAAAACUAUCCGGAAUAGUAGAUGAACUAAACACUGGCUGGAGAAGCAUACUCGAACUUAAUCGAGCCCUAUAUGAUCCCAAAGCAUCCUACAAUUUCUUUGCACAGAAAAAUGUUAGUUAUGCAGACUAUUUAGACAGUGGCUUGAGUAGGACUUGGGCACUGGCAUUUUCUGGUGGGCUUGCAAACACUUCUGACCUUUUAUAG